AUGAGCAGCGCAAACCCCGUUUGCCCAAAGGACUUUGAUUGGAGCAAGCACUACCCUAUCGUCGCCAAGGAUUCACCCAAGUGCGUGGAGUUCCUUGACAUCGGUUGUGGCUAUGGCGGCCUCCUUGUUGAGCUGGCACCCAUGUUUCCAGACCAGCUCAUGCUGGGCAUUGAGAUUCGAGUGAAGGUGUCAGACUACGUUCGUGACCGCAUCGACGCCUUGAGGAAAACCCAUGAGGGCAAGUACGGCAACAUCAGUGUCAUUCGCACAAACGCCAUGAAGUUCCUUCCCAACUACUUUGAGAAAGCCCAGCUGAGCAAGCUCUUCUUCCUGUAUCCAGACCCACACUUCAAGAAGAAGAAACACAAGUGGCGCAUCAUCAACACCAACCUGUUGGCGGAGUACGCGUAUGUGCUUCGACCAGGGGGCCUCGUGUAUACAAUCACGGAUGUCAUUGCGAUGAACGAGUGGAUGGUAUCGCACUUGUCUGCGCACCCGCUCUUCGAACGCGUCACGCAGGAGGAACUGGAGCAAGAUCCGAUUGUGCCCAAGCUGUACCAGAGCACAGAGGAAGGCAAGAAGGUUUAUCGCAACAAGGCCCGCGGCGAAAACCACGGUGAUGGAGAAGUGCGCGUUGCGGUCUUCAGGCGUAGGCCUGACCCGCCCCGCACACACGCGGCCACAGCGUGA